AUGGAGCUGCUUCCAUGUGCCCCAGCAUGGCUUCCCCUCCAACUCAGCCACGCGCUUGUGGUCCCAAUGCUGCUCCUGGCAGCUGCGCACCUGAGUUUAACCAAGACCGAUCUUCAGCUCGGGCUGGCGCGACUUCGGGAAAAGUUCCAGCAGCGCAAGCAGCCUCUGAGCCAGGGCGAGCUCGAUCGAGCUCGGCGUUUCGAGGAGGAGCUGCUGAGAGUUCGGCUGGAGAUGUUUCAAAGGGCCCACCUUUUCGCUCUACAUUUUCUGUUCGCAUACAGCCUGGCCAUGGUUCUGAACCUGAUGAUGGAUCCGAGCCUAGCUUCAUUGAUGCAACUCAUAAGCCCACUAGUGGGCUAUGCUAUGCACGUGUCUGUUCAGGCAGGCUUCGUACAGUUCAAGACCAAGAACCACUUUCGCGUGGUGCAAGGUAUUGCUGUUGUUUGCUAUGCCACAUUCCUCUACGGUGUGGCCAAUGAGCAAGAAUAUGAACGUUUCUGUGCCGCGGAAAGGAUUGCAGGUACGAUACUUAUGCUGCUAUGUGUGCUUCUCAUUGGUAUGCACGUGACCCUCCCAAUCUCCAUCCUUUCGUCUGCAGUAGUAACUUUCAAACGCUGGCAGUGGAUGGGUUUCUCGAACGUCACUCCCGAGCUCGUGUGGUCCACUCUGGUCUCGCAUGCGACAGCUACUUGGAUGGUGUUCUGGGUUUCGCAUGCCCUGCAGUCCAGCAUAGCUAGAAAACUGGAAUCCGACGAUGCGUCGUCCCUCCUUCUGGCAUCCCGUCAUGUCUUGAAAGGUGUCUGUGAUGGAGACUUGGUAUUAGAUCGUCGCAGCCAUCUGAUUGUGGAGGAUGCGAGCCCGUUGGAACGGCUCUUGCAUGCCAGGGAGAAGUUGAGUGGAAGAAACUUCUUGGACCUCUUACUGGACGCAGAUGGGCGGCAGCGAUUUUUGCACUUUCUGCAAAGUGAAGCUGCCCCCAAAGCAAGCAAAGCCGCCAUCCCGCCAUGCCUGAGGAUCGCGUUGCAGGGGGCGGAUGGCCCAGUGUCCACCGAUGUCUUCUGCACAAGUUGUGCGGCAGCAGGGAAAGACUAUUACCUGCUGGCAUUCCGCGCUGAUCCGGACCAAGUUCUUGCCCCACCCGAUGCGCUGUUGGGGGCUUUUGAGGUCACGCGGCAAGGCUCGGAAGGGCGGCAGCGGCAGAGGUCAGAGGGCCCAGGCAGCUCCAGCGAAGUCGCGGAAGCCUUCAAUGAGCUGGUGCAGGUGACACUGAUUGUGAGCAACGACAACCCCCGGAUGGACAUCGAAGAGGCUUCCUUGUCAUUCUGUCGCUCGCGCCAAAGCCGUGGCAUGCCGACCCUGCGCAACUUCAUUCCCAUCAACCACUGGGAGCGGGUGGUGGAGUUCUUCCGCAGUGCCAAGGAGAGACUCACCGCCGAGGACAAUGAGAAGCAAGUCCUGCGUUUCCCUUCGCCCCUGGUGUUCCGCAUUCCCGGCAGCAAGCCAAGGAACUACAUCCGUGCCAGAAGCGCCACAGUGGGUGUGGUGGAGGAAGAAGAUGGACAGCCACGGACCUAUGAGCUCCAAUUGAGUGCCUUCGACCUCACGCAUCUUCGCAGAGCCCGAGAACAGGACCUUGAAAAUGACGACGGGGAGAAAAAGAGCUCCGUCUACUUUUUGGGAGAUGCCAAUGUCGGGAUGCAGAAUGCCAAUGCCUUUCUGAUGAAGGAGCCACACGAGGUCCCAACCGUCCAGGCACGUGACCCGAGGUUUCGAUCCUGUGACGUGCCUCAGCCAGUGGCGAAGACCGCCUACUUUUUUGUUGAGCCCAGCACUGAGUCCCUGAUGGAUUCGGGCGUGUUUUGCAGCAUCAUUCGAUUCUUCCUAUUGGAGCGCAUGUUCCGGCGCGGUGUCGCGCCAUGGGGUAGCUGGGUGGUCCUAAGAAUAGCAGAUCAAGCAGCCAACGAGGGCGAGCUCGAUCGAGCUCGGCGUUUCGAGGAGGAGCUGCUGAGAAUUCGGCUGGAGAUGUUUCAAAGGGAGGAGGAGGAGGAUGAUGAUGACGAGGAGGACGAGGACGAGGACGAGGACCACGACGACGACGAGGAGGACGAGGAGGAGGAGGAGGAGGAGGACAACGAGGCCCACCUUUUCGCUCUACAUUUUCUGUUCGCAUACAGCCUGGCCAUGGUUCUGAACCUGAUGAUGGAUCCGAGCCUAGCUUCAUUGAUGCAACUCAUAAGCCCACUAGUGGGCUAUGCUAUGCACGUGUCUGUUCAGGCAGGUUUCGUACAGUUCAAGACCAAGAACCACUUUCGCGUGGUGCAAAGUAUUGCUGUUGUUAGCUAUACCACAUUCCUCUACGGUGUGGCCAAUGAGCAAGAAUAUGAGCGUUUCUGUGCCGCGGAAAGGGUUGCAGGUACGACACUUAUGCUGCAAUGUGUGCUUCUCAUUGAUAUGCACGUGACCCUCCCAAUCUCCAUCCUUUCGUCUGCAGUAGUAACUUUCAAACGCUGGCAGUUGAUGGGUUUCUCGAACGUCACUCCCGAGCUCGUGUGGUCCACUCUGGUCUCGCAUGCGACAGUUACUUGGAUAGUGUUCUGGGUUUCGCAUGCCCUGCAGUCCAGCAUAGCUAGAAAACUGGAAUCCGACGAUGCGUCGUCCCUCCUUCUGGCAUCCCGUCAUGUCUUGAAAGGUGUCUGUGAUGGAGACUUGGUAUUAGAUCGUCGCAGCCAUCUGAUUGUGGAGGAUGCGAGCCCGUUGGAACGGCUCUUGCAUGCCAAGGAGAAGUUGAGCGGAAGAAACUUCUUGGACCUCUUUCUGGACGCAGAUGGGCGGCAGCGAUUUUUGCACUUUCUGCAAAGUGAAGCUGCCCCCAAAGCAAGCAAAGCCGCCAUCCCGCCAUGCCUGAGGAUCGCCUUGCAGGGGGCGGAUGGCCCAGUGUCCACCGAUGUCUUCUGCACAAGUUGUGCGGCAGCAGGGAAAGACUAUGAAAAUUACCUGCUGGCAUUCCGCGCUGAUCCGGACCAAGUUCUUGCCCCACCCGAUGCGCCGUUGGGGGCUUUUGAGGUCACGCGGCAAGGCUCGGAAGGGCGGCAGCGGCAGAGGUCAGAGGGCCCAGGCAGCUCCAGCGAAGUCGCGGAAGCCUUCAAUGAGCUGGUGCAGGGCCAAUUGGCCAAUUGGUUGGAUUUCUUCUACAGCUCCCGGAGAACACAUCGCCUGUUCAACGUUGCCAUCUCCAAAGGGAUGCCCGGAGUCCCGCAGGUGACACUGAUUGUGAGCAACGGCAACCCCCGGAUGGACAUCGAAGAGGCUUCCUUGUCAUUCUGUCGCUCGCGCCAAAGCCGUGGCAUGCCGACCCUGCGCAACUUCAUUCCCAUCAACCACUGGGAGCGGGUGGUGGAGUUCUUCCGCAGUGCCAAGGUGGCCCAACCAGAUGGUGAGGCACCACACUUAGAAGAUAAGACGGGAUUUCUCCGCAACAUGGUGGGCUUCGUGGAGGAGCUCCCGGAAUAUGCAAGAGCUUCCUAUGUGAAUCAAAGUGUGGACGAACAACUCCUGGAGUGGCCAUGCUUCUGGUGCCAACGUGUGGUUGAGACGUUGAUGGUGUGGCAGCGGCGAGCGACGGACCUCCAGUUGGAGUUCACCAUCAUGGAUGAUGAAGGAAACUUCUCAAGGGCGAUGGAGAACUAUGCUGUGAUGACAGCAGAUCCAUCUGUGGAUCUGCUGUUUGGGCCUUGCUUGGGCACUUGGAACGCGUAUGCAGCGAAUGUGGUUACUGCCGGCAACAAGGUCCUGGUGCAGUGGUCCAUCACCUACCAACGCUACAUGGGAGGAUACAGGACAGAAGUUUGUCCUUACUGCAACUACAAGUGGUUUCGCGAAACCGAUUGGGUCGACUCGCAGAGUUAUGGCAACCAAACGGAUUUUCUCUUCUCGCGGCGAAGCGUCUCCAUUCCCGCAGGAAAUAACACCGUCACCAAUCCAGACCUGGAAUUCGACUGGGAGCGCAACAACAGGAUUGCCUUAACCAACAGCAUUUAUUACGCCUUGUGGGGAAUCAAGACCGCAGUUGAAGCCGAGUUGGAGCCUGGACGUGAUGCUGUGUGGACCUUUGCCUAUUUUGAGGACAUGUACUCAGGAUUUGGUGGUUACGCCUGCCGCAGCUACAAGGCAGCUGUCGACAGUUGGGGGAAUGCCACCACGACCCUGAUUCCAUUGAAGGUCAAGGGACUGGUUUGGAACCCCUUGAGCCUGGACUCGAUUAGUGCCGACGUGUUGGUGCUCUGUGGAACAUCUUCUUUGCUUGGCGAGUUUUUGAUCCAGGCCUCCGCGGUGCAUCUGGCCUUCAAGGCACUCUUCCUGGAGCUGCCUGCAGGUGUGGCCUUCUGGGCAAAAAUGCCGGCCACGACGGCGACAGGGAGCAUCACUGGACCACCACGUUCUUUUGGAGAUGGCUCGACUGCGUUGGCAGUCGAGAAAGAAGCCACAUACGAGACGAUUCCCAUUCCCACGGUCUUGCCCAAUACGGUGGAUGCUGGAGUCCUGGAGCGACUCUACGAGGCGAAAUUGAAGAGGGCACAGGAGAAGUCAGCUGACAAGCCAAAAAGCUCGAGCGUUAUAGAUAUUUGUCCAGACCGCGAAGACUAG